AUGGCGGAUCAGUCUUAUAGGCAGCAGCAUGCAAGAGGCAGUAAUACCAGAUCCUUUCUACAUAAACUGCAGGAGCAUUCCCCAAAUUCAACCCAACUCGUUGGGUUCAUGACCCUUGUCAUCUCUGGUGUCAUUUUGCUUCUUCUUACUGGCCUAACAUUGACUAUUACGGUUCUUGGGCUUAUUUUCUUCACGCCUUUGAUCCUCAUUUCUAGCCCCAUAUGGGUCCCCGCUGGAACAAUCAUCUUUCUCGUCAGUGCUGGAUUUCUUUCCUUUUUGGGGUUUGGGAUUGGUGUUGUGGCGGUCAUUUCUUGGCUGUAUAGGUAUUUCAGAGGGUUCCACCCGCCUGGUUCCGAUAGGGUCGAUUACGCCAGAAGCCGAAUUGCGGAUACGGCGAGCCACAUGAAGGAUUACGCCAAAGAGUACGGCGAGUAUUGGCAAGGAAAAACAAAGGAUGCAGCUCCUGGGGCUUGA